AUGAGUAUUAAAGAAUAUUUUGCCAUCCCAAUUAUUAAGCAGAAAGUGCUUGAUUUUCUUAAGGCAAAGGGCGACUUUGAAUAACUUCAUCAAAAGCAUAAGAGGUCUUUCAGAGCUCAUGUUUAAGAGUACGAAGGCGAUUUUUUCAUUUGCGACGAUCAGCACUAAAUUAAGUGUGUUUUCAGUAAUAUAUGCAAAGAAAAAUUCGAGCAGAGGUACCCCUCUAGUGUGAAGAUAUAUAACAUAGUGAAUAUGCUUGUGUGCGUGCAAGAAUAUUAGCUCUAAUUGUAGCAAUAAGAUUUAGAGAGUGGUUUGAAAAAAGUAAUCAAUCAAAAUGAUGGAGGUUCAUUUAUGAACACAAAACUGAGACUUGGCAAUAAACUAGAAGUCGUUAUGGAAAUUGAUGACUUGCAAGUGAUAUCUUUUGAUAGGUUUACGCUGAGAUAAUGCCAGUCAAUAGACUACGAUGAAUCAAUCAGGAUUCACAUUAACUUUGUGAUGCAUUUUUUAAGUAAGAAGAGUCUUCUCGAGGAAAGUAAAGAUACUUUUUAGAUGUUUCCCAUUAAUAGAAAUCUCCUCACCAACGAGAACAUAUUUAGACCAAAUAAAGUUUCGAUAAUAAGCUAAAAUGCAAAUCACCAAAGUAGAUAAAUAAAUGAAACAUCCGAAUAAAGAGCGAAUUCAAGCUACAAUCGUAAUAAUAAUAACAGUUUUAACUAGUAAAGGAGAGACAAAAGGUUUGAUUCUUCUGAUUAUUAUGAAAAUUAAGAAAUUAAGCAAAAAAUCUUGGAAAAGGAUCAUUACAAGCCAUUUGUGGAAUUUAAAAGUAACCAGAGUAAAAAACAGAAGCCUAACAGCAAACCACCAAAGUAACUUAAAAAGAAAUUAGGGAAGCUCCUGAAUGAAAAGAACUAAGAGGGAUUUUUGAGUUGUGAUUGUACAGAGGAUUAUAAUAUGAUGGAUGAGAUCUAAGACAAUGAAUCAAGUCAUUCUUAAAUACUAUAAUAGCAUGCUCAGUAAAAAGUAGUUAUGCUUUAAUCUUAACUCAUUCCUCACUCAGUCGGUCAUACAUAAAGACAGGAAGAACUAAAAUUGAUUGACGAUAUGAUUGACGAUUUUGAAUUUGAGGAAGAGGAUUUAUAAGAAUUGCAAGAAGAACUUAAAGAUAAAGAGGCAGAUGAUAAAUAAAUUAUGGAGGAUGUAAAAAUUGGUGAGUUGGACAGCAAAGAUGUUAUUGAUGAAUUAGAAAAUAGUAGUUCUCACGAUGCUAAUAAUAGUGGGGAUCAGCAAGGUAAAGAUAAUGAUGAAGAUGAUGUAUAUAACUCUAAACUACACAAAGAAAUACUAUUGUCAUAGUAGAAUUCAAUGUAAGUAUGGUCAAAGUAAAACUCAAGAUAGAAGGAUAUUGAGUAGGAAAAAAACAAUGACAAAAUAGAGGAUAUUAUAAGGGAGGAGAUUCAAAAUGUAAAAUAGGAUAUCAGAGUUCAGUCAUAACAAGAGUUGAUUAAAAUUGCAUAGGAUGAGGAUGUUAUUUCUAAUUCUGAUUCAGUGAUUCAAAAUGAAAUUUUAUAGAAAGAAAUCGAAGAUUAGGAAAAUAAAGAUAAGAUACAAUUAGAAUUUGAACUUACAGAUUCUUAAAAGUAAUAAGACUAAUAGCUAAUAUUUGCCAGUUUACCACCUGAAGAUAUCUUAGGAGUUGGUCUCCACAAUUCAUAAUUUUAGAAGGAACUAAGAGAAUUCAAAAAAUAAGGAUAAGGUGGCCAAUUAUCUGGUCGAAAGAGAACUGUCCGGGCUCCUGAGAGUGAUGACGAUCUGCUUGAUAUUUUAGAUGAUGGAUAAAACAAGGUACACAAAGAUGAGAUAAAUUUCUAGGAAUAUAAGAAAACCAUGCCAGCUUAGACUUCAUAACUCUCGGAUAAAUAACAAAAAAAGACUUAAAAUACAUCGCAGAAAAAUUAAAAAACGCCAAAAGGCAAGGCUUAAACAAGUUCAUCAGCGAAAUAAGCAAAGUAAAUUUCGCCGCCUGGAUAGAUGAAACUUUUUGACUUUAUGAUUCCAAAGAGAGAUAUAAAGCAUGAAACUAAAGUUGAGAAGAAGGAAGAGAUUUAAAAUAUUCAAUCAAGUAAUAAGCCACCUUAAAAGGAUUAAUCUCAGCAAGGGAGUUAGAAGAAUAAGAAUAACUAAACUACGAAAGUACAAAAUGAAAAGAAACCAAAUAAAAGUACGGCAGCAGCAAAGGGCAAGAAAGCAGCACAGAAAAAAUGA